CUGGAUAUAUCCAGGCAUGCAGUGGCCCCGAGACGCCGAUGACGUAGACACAUUUGAUUGUCGGAUACGAAAGUGGUAUAUUCAGGCCGCCACAUCACCCAAGAACAUCCUGAUACUGCUCGACUCAAGCGGCAGUAUGAAGGGACUCCGUUUCUCCAUCGCCCGCAGCACAGUCACCAAGAUUCUGGAGACGCUCAGUGACGAAGAUUACUUCAACGUUAUCGAAUUCUCGGAGGAGCCCAAGUACGUGGACGAGUGUUUCCAAGACACGUUGAUGCCCGCUAGCGUGGACAACAUACGGCGCAUGCAGGAGAAAAUAGACGGGCUUGAGGCCAGCAAGUACGCCAACUUUGAGAAGGCGUUGACCAGAGCGUUUAAGCUGUUCCAGAAAGAGCAGUUUCAGUACAGUGAGCAGUGCCUCUGUAACAAAGCCAUCAUGAUCAUCACAGACGGAGCUCCAGAGAACUAUGAGUCUGUCUUUGACCGAUUCAACUGGCCAGAGAAAGCGAUUCGAGUGUUUACGUUUCUCAUCGGGAAAGAAGUGCCGGACAACAGACAGACCAGGUGGAUGGCAUGUGCCAACAAAGGUAAAUUUGCUCAUAUAUCCACCAGAGCUGACGUGCAGGAAAAUGUCCAGAAAUAUAUCAAAGUGCUGAGCAGACCUUUGGCCAUCCAGCGUGCCCUCCACAAGGUGUGGAGUCCCGUGUACCUGGACUACGUCACAGACCACAGUGACAUCAAGGUGCCCAGGAACGCGCCGGCCAGUUUGGACGUGGACUAUGAGCAGUCCGCCACUUAUGAGGGCCUGGGUCUUGUGAUGUCCAUCUCCAUGCCGGUGUUCGAUGAACGGACAGAUGUGGGACCCAAAGAGGAGGAGCCUGAAAGGAAUUUGUUGGGUGUUGUAGGAACGGACGUCAGAAUCAACGAACUGAUGAAAUUGAUUCCAACGUAUAAGCUGGGCGUCAACGGCUAUGCUUUUGCUAUCACAAACCAUGGCUACAUCCUUUUUCAUCCAGAUUACAGACCUUUUGCUCGUAUUUGUGGUCCCGGAUAAAUACGGACUACUGGAGGUGAAAGUGGACUCCGGAGUGCCCACGCUAAAACAAAUUCUUGAAAUGGGACGAGACGUUGAAGUCGGCACCGACAUCUCGAAAUGGGUCUACUGCUAUGGAAAAACGAGCAAAACCUACUCACAGCUGAACAUUCUGAAGUUCACCCAGUAUGUGGAACAGGGAACGCUUUACAAAAUGUGUAGUAACAACGAUAACUAUGACUUUGUCAAUCGCACCUUGAAAGACUUUGAGUGGACGUUGGAUUACGUCAAUGUUUGGAACGGCGUGGUCAAUGGUCUGUUGGAUCCCGGGGAGCCUAAAUAUGUCACCGACUACCGCAAAUGCUACAGCAAUGCCAUUUCAAAGAAGGAAUCAUUCAAGAAAAUGAUGUGCUUUUACAGAACCCACAUGAGCCAUGGCAUAGGCACCAUCUGGAUUGGCACAAGUUCUGGCCUCACACGGCACAUCAUGCUCAACGACAUCACAAUGAACUGGAUGGACUUUAAUCUGGAGACCAUCAAGAGCACGUACUACAAGCGGGCUGUGGACGGGCAUGAAGACGGAUACAAGUACGUCUUCACUGGGCCAGUCAUCACGUCACAGAGUGAGUACUUAACCCUUCCAGCCCCAGCCAUUGUUGUGCACUCCCUAACUCCAGUCCAAGCAAAUACAGCGGUGUUUCAGAAAAAGAGGCUCACAUUCUAAAAUGUGAUGUAGUAU